GCCCUUUAUAGGUAAAAGAAGAGAGGCGAGUUUCUGUGAGUAUGGCGCGGCAUUUUGGUAUGUUUUCUCUCUUCCAAGAGAAAGGAUGAGCCGGCACUAUCAGAUAGAGACCCACAUCCUUGCGAACUUAAGCGAGGAAGGCAGGACAGGAAGCUUGGUCUCUCAGCUGAGAGCUUGCGGCAGCUCACGAGAUUUACAGAGAGGCAAAAGACUUCACGCAGCGGCCGUGAGAUGUGGCCGGGAGGAUUCAGACAUUUACGUUGCGAGCUCGCUGCUAAACAUGUACUUCAGGUGUGGAAGUGUCAGGGACGCCGAGGUGGUGUUCCAGGGAAUUGCUUGCCAGAAUGUGGUGACUUGGACGACGCUGGUCUAUGGAUACAGUGAGAAUGGACAGGGAAGCUUGGCUUUGCAGUGCUUCUACAGGCUCCAAGAGGAAGGCUGUAAGCCAAACGCUCGGACUUUUGUGGCUGGAAUCAAGGCUUGCAGCAGCGUUGCUAAGCAGGAAGAGCUCGAGGGUGAUGGACAGGAAGAGCUUCCGAGAAAAGAAGCAGCACUUAAGGCAGGGAUUGCUGUCCACUUGCGAGCUGGGAAAGCUGGGAUGGAUACAGGGAUCUUCGUUUCAAAUGCGCUGGUGGAUAUGUACUCCAACUGUGGAAGCAUGUUGCUUGCUCGAGAGGUGUUUGAGAAGAUCAAGCUCCCGGAUGCGGUGUCGUGGACCUCGUUGAUCAUGGGCUACGCGGAGAAUGGAGAGGAGAAGGUGGCGCUAGAGAUGUUUGAGAGGAUGCAGAGAAGGGAGAGCUAUUGUGCUCCAAGCGCUCGGACGUUUGUUGCUGCUCUCAAGGCUUGCUCCGGCCUGGUAGCCGAAGAUGGGCAGAGGCUUGCUGCUUUGGAGAAAGGCAUGGCUCUUCACUCGCAAGCUGCUUCGUUCGGGUUUGAUCUGGAUGUGUUCGUCGCCAACACUCUUGUGGACUUGUAUGGGAAGCUCGGGACGAUGCUUGAUGCUCGGAAGGUUUUCGACCGGAUGGUUCGUCACACAGUGGUUUCCUGGACCGCCUUGAUUCUGGGAUACGUUGAAAACAACGAGGCCGAGGCUGCACUGGAUCUCUUCCCGAGCAUGAUCGCGUCGAACUCCCGGCCGGACGCGAGAAGCUUUGUAGCGGCAGUCAAGGCUUGCACGGGCGUAGCAGCCAAAGAGGAUGGAUCUCGAGUCGAUCAUGGCAAGCAGCUUCUAAAGGUGGCGGCGCUGGAGAUGGGGAUGUUCUUACACUCGGAGGCCGUGCGACAUGGUUUCGGCUCGGCCUUGGUGCUUGGAAACGCGCUGAUUCACAUGUACGUGGAGUGUGGAAGCCUCGUUGACGCUAACAAGGUAUUCGAGAGGAUGAGGCUUCGCGAUCUCGCUUCGUGGACUGAGCUGAUGCUUGGCUAUGCAGAGAGCGAUGGAGGGGAGCUGGCUCUUGGCCUGUUCGAGCAGCUCGUCGAUCGAAACGGCUGUGCUUCGUUGGACGGCCCCGUCUUCGUUGCUGCUCUGCAGGCGUGCUUGAGCUUGUCGGAGAAGGAAGCAGGGACUGCAAUGGAUGGCAAACUUCUCAAGGCGAAAGCUCUCGAGCGGGGUAUGGCGAUACACACCUUGGCAACCAAGGCGGGGCUCAAACCCGACGACCUCGCCUUCGUUACAAAUUGCCUGGUGGAUCUCUACGCGAAGUGCGGCAGCAUGGCGGACGCAAGCAGCGCGUUCCUCUCGAUCGACUCGAGCUCCCGCGGGGUAGUGACCUGGACAGUGCUCAUACAGGGACACGCCGCGGCCGGAGAUGGCGUACUGGCUUUGGAGAUGCUCCAGCGGAUGAAAGCCACAGGCAUCGCCCUCGACGUGAAAGCUCUCGCCGCGGGGCUCAAGGCUUGCGAGGCCAUGGCGGACGUGAGCGCUGUCAAGCUACUCCACUGCGAGAUAUGCCGGCUGGGGAUGGAGAGCGAUCCGGUGCUCGGGACUUGCCUGGUGAGCUGCUACGCGAAGUGUGGGAGCCCGGCCGACGCGCAGCAGGCAUUCGACGCGAUGCCAAGCCGGGGCGUGGUCACCUGGAACGCUCUUCUCGCGGGAUACAGCCACCAGGGAAUGACCAGCCGAGCUCUCGGCCUCCUGGAAGCGAUGCGAGAGGAAGGCGUGCGACGAGACGCGGUGAGCUACCUCUCGGUGCUCACGGCGUGCAGUCAUGCUGGGCUGGUGGACGAGUGCCGGGAGAAGUUCGAGGAGAUGCGCAGGGAGGAGAGGGUGGAGGCCAGGAUCGAGCACUACCACUGCAUGGCCGAUUCGCUGGGGCGCGCGGGGGAGAUCGAUGAAGCGGUGGCGAUGGUGAGGGGGAUGCCACUCGAGGCGAAUGAGGUUACGUGGAGGUCGGUGCUGGGGGCUUGCGCUCGAUCCAAGAAUGUGGAGGUGGCCAAGGUUGCGUUUGAGCUCUCGGAUCGUGCGAAGGACGAUGCCUCUGGCGCGGGCUAUAUGCUCAUGGCAAACACCGUGCAAAGUUGAGCGACAAACUAUCUUCUAAAUAAUAUUCUUACAAAUUUUGAAAGCUAAGCCCUAAUCUAAAAGGUCUCGAUCUAUUUAGGUC